AUGUCCGUCCCCACGGUUUUCGAGAAUUAUGUGACGGAUUGCAGAGUUGAUGGCCGGUCGGUACAAUUAGCAUUAUGGGAUACGGCUGGCCAAGAAGACUAUGAACGGUUGCGUCCGCUAGCAUAUUCCAAAGCGCAUGUGAUUCUGAUCGGGUUCUCGGUGGAUACUCCGGAUUCCUUGGAGAACGUCAAGCACAAGUGGAUCGAGGAGGCCAAUGAGCGGUGCCCAGGUGUGCCGAUAAUCCUAGUUGGCUUGAAGAAAGAUCUCCGGGAAGACCCUCUCGCUGUUGAGGAGAUGAGAAAGAAGUCUCUAAAAUUCGUCACGCCGAAGGAAGGAAGUGAUAUUUCGACUCAAAUCGGGGCCAGAAAGUACUUGGAAUGCUCCUCCUUGACCGGAGAGGGGGUUGACGACGUCUUUGAAGCUGCUACCCGUGCUGCUCUUCUCACAUUCGAGAAGCGUAAAAGCUCAUGCUGCAUCGUGCUAUGA